AUGUUGCUCCCCAAAGGUGGUGUUACAUGGAAAUCGGCCAAGGCCAGAAUGCCUCCUGUCAGGUUUCUUGUCUCUGUCAUCUCCCGGCCACGAUUUCUCAUCUCUGUUGUCCUCACGGGUCUGGUGCUGCUGCUAUGGAAGGGCCUCAGCAGUUCUGCGGCGGAAAUGCAGAGUUUCUAUUGCUUUGGACCUUCAAAGUCCCCCGUAGAAAUGUCUGCAAAUGAACUGGUCGAUUGGAACGCACAUCUCCAAACGCCAGUAUUAUUUAACCAUCACGAGCCCUAUCAGCUCAACUCCUCUACUAUCCAAACUGUCGACUUGAACACUGUCACAAGCACUCCCAAGGCUGUCUUGAAUGGCGAACGUGUCCUUAUUGUUACUCCUCUCCGAGAUGCCUCUCCGUAUCUUAAUAAGUACUUCGAUCUUGUCAGCGAAUUGACCUAUCCCCAUCACCUGAUCGAUAUCGCCUUUUUGGUCGGCGACUCAGCUGAUGACACUCUGGCUGUUCUAUCGGCGGAGCUUGACCGGAUACAGAAGUCUGAAAAGACGGCCUUCCGCAGUGCUUUGAUUGUUCAGAAGAAUUUUGGAGCAACAGUUAGCAUGGAGGUCAACUCAAAACAUGGUUUCGCGGCGCAAGGGCCACGACGAAAAGCGAUUGCGAAAGCCCGGAAUUUUCUGCUUAGUGCGGCGUUAAAACCGGAACAUUCGUGGGUCUACUGGCGCGACGUUGACAUCGUUGAUAGCCCCAAGAGAAUCAUUGAAGAUUUCGUUGCGCAUGAUAAGGAUAUUCUUGUGCCAAAUAUCUGGUUUCAUCGCUACGAGAAUGGAAGGGAUAUCGAAGGAAAAUUCGACUACAAUUCGUGGCGAGAAAGUGAGAAAGGCUUGAAGUUGGCGGCUAGUCUUGAUAAAGACACUAUUUUGGCAGAAGGCUACAAGGAAUAUGACACUGGCCGCGAAUACCUCGUCUCAAUGGGUGACUGGAGAAACAACAAGGACCAGGAGGUCGAGUUAGACGGUAUUGGAGGCGUCAAUAUAAUUGUGAAGGCUGAUGUGCAUCGAGCAGGUAUCAACUUCCCAUGCUAUGCCUUCGAAAACCAGGCCGAGACAGAAGGAUUUGCCAAAAUGGCCAAACGAGCAGGCUAUCAAGUCGUCGGUUUGCCCAAUUAUGUCGUUUGGCACAUCGAUACCAAGGAAAAGGCAGGAAACCUGGGCAACCGACCAGCUUAUUAA